CAAAAAGUUAGUGACUGCUGGCUGCUAAUUUUCUUAGUGGCUGGUAGUUUGAACUAGGGGAAUUCCCAAAAUGGAUUUUUACCUAAACUAGUAUAGUGACUGAACGUUUUUAAGUUGGAUGCUUACUGACUUGUAAUUAUUAUGGAAGUGGCGGUUAAGGGGUUCUGAACAAGCCAGAAAAGGAAUAUCUAUAGCAGAGGUUCAAAGGAAAACAAAAAUAAAAUAAAAAUGUCACAAAACAAUCAGGUGGAGUCUUUGAGUGAUCACUGCUCCUCAUGUAGUAUUAACGAUAAUGAACACUUUACAAAUGAUCUUCCUUCUUCUGACUUAUUUUCGGAUCAUGCACAUCCCGAGGAAGACGGUUUUAGUGGAAUUGAUCUUCAGAACAAUUCGAUGAAUUUGACCUUCAGUGGGUUACCUCAGCCUGGAAGAUACAGUUCAAAUACAUUUGAACAACACCAUAGUUUAUCCAUAGCAGUUCCAUUUUAUCACAAUGGUACUGCAUCAUCUAGGAUUCCUGGUAGUAGAAAUUCUGUUUCAACUUUAGCAGAAGACACUAAUUCAUACACACACAAUCAACAGCUCUAUAAUGUAUCCUCAAACAACCAUGUCCAGUUACCACUGACUCCAGUGCCAUCAGUACCAGAAUACAAUGGUAUUACAUCAGCUGGAUCAAAUUCAUUUUCAACAAAUUCACAUCAGUACCGUGUUGUGGGUUAUCCAAAUUCUUCUGUUCCAGGUUGUUAUAAUGGUACUUUAUCGACUAGGUCAAAUUCGGUUCCAACAAGUUCACAUCAGUACCGUGAUGUUAUGAGUUAUCCAAAUUCUUCUGGUCCAGGUUGUUAUAAUGGUACUUUAUCAACUAGGUCAAAUUUGGUUCCAACAAGUUCACUUCAAAACAGUGGUCAGAAUGGACCUCCAACAACACAGCAUUUUUUUAUUGAUACGAAUCAGUACGUCACUGUAUCUGGAAGUUACGAGGAGCCAAUGGAUGAAACGGUUGAAGAGGUGCAGAUUGCUAGUGAUGUGAGAGCAGAAAAUCGACUUGAACUACGCAGUGAAUGGGUUCGGUUACACACUUUUUUUAGAAAGUGGCCCAAUGAUAUGCCACCGCAGAUAAACCCCUCAACACUAUCACAGGAUGGAUUUUACUAUUUGGGUCCAUUCGACAGAGUCCGCUGCAUAUUUUGCUCGGGCAUCCUUAAAAAAUGGGAUGCUGAAGAUAUUGUUGAAACUGAACACAGGAAGCAUUUUCCAAAGUGUCCAUUUGUGCUGGGCCUUGAUGUAGGAAACAUUCCUCUUGAUAGGAGUGCAGUGUCAACUAAUGUAAUAUCCAAAUCGGAUUCUUUUGGUGUUUUGUCAGUUCAGAACUUUGGUAAGCCAUCAAAUGAGUCACCCAGCGAACGAGCAGAAACUCUUGGAAUCGUUCAGAAUAAACCAAAGCAUCCAAGGUUUUCACUUGAAGCAGACCGCCUGGCAACCUUCAAGAAUUGGCCAAGUCAAAUAAAACAACAGCCUGAACAAUUGGCUAAAGCUGGACUGUUUUAUGUUGGAAAUAGCGACAAUGUAAAAUGUUUUACCUGUGACGGUUUGCUUAGCCAGUGGGAACCAGGAGACGACCCAUGGAUAGAGCAUGCCAGGUGGUUCCCAGACUGUCAGUUUGUGCGACUUGUCAAGGGAGAUACGUUCAUAGAACAGGUGUUGCAAGGAGAAACACCUAUGGAGGAAAAAGAAACUAAAAGCCAUUCAGAAAAAGAACACAAGCAGGACAGUGUUGCGAUUCAGGCUCUUCUCGAAAAUGGCUGCAAAAUGCAGGAAGUCAGUGAAGCCAUCAAGUGGUUACAUGAAAAUGGAGGUGUUCCAGAUGAUGUUAUUCCUUCAGCAGAAAAAAUUUACAAAAUAAUACUGGAUACGGAAAAGAUACCAAAUGGGAAAGUUGUUAGUGAGGAUUUUCAAAACCAAAAAAGAAAACCCCCAAAUAAGAACAGUGAAGAAACAGAAGAUAUUUCUUCUUUGUUGGAGGAAAACAGAGAGUUAAAGGAACAGAAGAUAUGUAAAAUCUGCCUGGACGAGGAGAUCAGUAUAAUUUUCCUGCCGUGUGGCCAUCUUGUAUGCUGUGGAACGUGUGCGUCUUCGCUGUCUGAAUGUCCAAUCUGUCGAGGGACCAUCAAGGGGGCAGCAAAAGCAUUCUGGUCUUAAAAAAGGUCUCACGAGUUAUCACAUGAAUCAGGGACCCCAGCUCAUAAUUCUUUAGCGUAUUUAUGCUGAUGGGGCUCUAUAUUAAAAAAAACAUGAUCUAGUAUCCAUUGGAAUACUUAGAUGAGGAAAGAUGAGAGAAAUACAUAAUGAUUUGUAUUGUCCAUUAGCAUAUGUGCUAUAGGGGCUCUAUAUUAAAAAAACCAUGAUCUAGUAUCCAUUGGAAUACUUAGGUGAGGAAAGAUGAGAAAAAUACAUAAUGAUUUGUAUUGUCCAUUAGCAUAUGUGCUAUAGGGGCUCUAUGUUAAAAAGCGUGAUCUAGUAUCCAUUGGAAUACUUAGGUGAGGAAAGAUGAGAGAAAUACAUAAUGAUUUGUAUUGUUCAUUAGCAUAUGUGCUAUAGGGACUCUAUAUUUAAAAAAACCAUGAUCUAGUAUCCAUUGGAAUACUUAGCUGAGGAAAGAUGAGAGAAAUACAUGAUUUUGAAUGAACCAUUUUAAACAAAGUUAAAGCAUGCACACACCAUUCAUAUUCAGGGUAAAAUUAUAAAUGAACCCCAAAAUAUUGUUAGAGCUCUACCGUGCUUUCUGAUUUUCCGACGUAUAUCAGUGGUUUUACUGUCAUGGGGGGGUGGGGGGGGGGG